AUGAAACGAGGCAUCAAACCGUCCCACUUAUGGCAUUGGACAUCCAGAAAAUGGUUCGAGUCUGUCCUCAACGAUCGCUUUUCAAUAAAAGGCAUAGACCAACGAGAUAAAUACGAAAUGAUUAAAACAAAUUUUAUACUUCUGACAAUUUUUGGGGGCGUGAUGUACUCCUAUAGUGCGUUUAAUCCACAGAAGUAUAUUACCACACUUAUUAGGGAAAGAUCAUGUGAACCAAUAGUGAAGGCUUCAGAAGCGAAGCCUCCGCCGCCGGUUACGAAGCCGCCGGAACAACCAGGUCCUUGCCCACCAAAGAAGCAGCCUGAAAUACCAAAUUGUGCGAAAAACGGUAAUAGAGGAUGUGAUUAA